UGGUGAGUGGAGGGCCGUUCCUACCUGCGCAGCCUGCGCCUUGGUCGGGGACCCACGAGGCCGCCGUGUCCUGCUCUCGGAACAAUGGGACUCGGCGCGCCAGGCUGCUGGGCGGUGCUGCUGGUGCUGGCGCUGCUGAAGGCCACCGAGGUCAGCAGCGACCUCGAGGGAUCUGCCAACACAAAGAACCCUGUGAUUCUAGCAAACUCCAGUGCUAAGCCAACAGGAACUACCAGCCAUACAACGGGAUCUUCCAACAACACUGUGAAACCAUCAACAACUCCAGUUUCUGUAGUCUCGAAGAAUGUGACAGUCAUUGCCUUGACACCCACAGCCAAACGAUCUACAACUUCACUUUCCUCGGUCUCAAAAAAUGUGACGGUCACUACCUUGAAAUCCACAGCAGCAUCUAAAAUGACACCACCAGGAGUCUCAACAAAUACAACUUCCAUCACCUCAAAGUCUACACCCAAGAUAACAAGUGCUUCACAAAACACAUCCCAGGUGACCACAACCCCCAGUAGUUCAGGGACAUCUAUUUCUUCAGUAACAAUCACAGCUACUAUUAAUUCUAAAGAAAAUAAAGGAUUGAAGUUUGACUCUGGUAGUUUUGUUGGUGGUAUUGUAUUAACACUGGGAAUUCUAUCUGUUCUUACAUUGGAUGCAAAAUGUAUAGAGCCAUCGAUGAACAUGAUGCCAUCAUUUAAGGAACCCAAAGAUCAGUGGAGAGCGUGACUGAUGGGCCCUGUCAGUUAAUUUUGGCUGAUUAUUUAAAACAAUAUUCUGUUCUUGAAAAUAGUAUGAACAGGCAAUGCAUAUAAUAUACAAUGUAUUAUAUAAAUAUGUAAAGAUUUGUGAUGAUUACUAAAGGUAAAAAAGGUUUGGUCUGGGUUUUUAAGUGAACA